UGCAGUACCACAUUGUAAGUUGUCGGAUGCUCACAUUGAAGACUCGUCCGGUAGGACUUUGCAAGUUACUGCCAAAAGACUCAUGUCAUGGCCCUGGCUCUUUCCAAAUUUUCCUUUUCUUUCUACCGGACCAGUGAGUUGGGAAUCCUAUCAGCUGGAACCGCAAUGCAGCUCGAUACGGGCUCCGAACACUGUUCGCUUGAAAGUGCGCAGAGUUUCGGAAAAAAACUUGGCAGGUGAGUCUGGACGUCAAGGGGUAUGCAAACAUUGCUAGGACCGUUAUCGCUGCUGCUGCCUUAUCUAUAUGUCGCCACAUCAGUCCGAUGAUCUCCCAAAACUGCUUGGACGCAAGCGUGAAGCAUUGAAUCUGUGAUGUCAAUACAUGUUGCAUCGUUCUAAUCUGCGAUCUUGGGCAACAACUGAUCCCUGCUGGCCGGGUUGAUGGUGUUGGCUAUCGCGGCAGUUGUCUCUGCUGAACGGUGAUAAACUUCAAUCAAGGUCAGAGCUUCCACGUGAAGGAACGAGACCGUUGACUCUGCUGCUAUCCACAAUCAAGCCAUGGUCCCAUCAAAGGUCUCGCCACGAACCCGGUCAGGAUGUUGUAUGGCAGCAUCGGACUCUUGCUGGAUGUCUUGAAUGUCCUUUGGACGCCGGGUCUCAGGCACGUGAAAAAGACCGAACCGCUGGGGAAGGGCAUGCCAUGCGGCGAUGCCUCGAGCCUCAUCCAGUCAAUUUUGGUUUGGAUAACUAUGGUCGAGAUUGAUAGGUCUUAUCUUUCUGUACGCCACACAGAUUCUGACUGGGCCCUGUGUGGUUCGUCUCUUCAGGUCCCCAUCUCCACUCUGUGCUGCUGGGCCGGUCCUCUCGGAUCGCGUCCCAGAUCAUGUCGCGUUAUCGACGCAGCGGUUGUGCCCACGGGGUAUCUGGAUGAUCUGGGGUACCUGACGGCUCAAGAUGGUAAUGGUGAUCCAGGCUCUGGGAUUUGCCUUUCAACGUAUGUAUUUUCUUCCAUUGCUGAUCCGCUGAACUCCAUCAUGGGAUUGGGCAUAGUAGACGGCAGGGGUUGGUCGAUCUAAAUCUUCGUGAAAUAGCUUCUCUUCAUGUACUUUCUCCUUGCUGGUUUCCAAAGAUUCGCCUUCGUUGCUUCUUUCCGACUGAUCGACUUUGAGGCGGUAUAUUUUGUUUGACCGAGGUCAGUAAGUUGAGGAUGACCUGCAGCCUGUCAUUGCAUGAUUCAACAAUUCGAGGAGAAAAGUGAUGAGGUGGUAGUGAAGUGGGGAGGCAUGGCGGGUGUUUGUGAAGAGAGCGAGCGCAGGCACGACGGCUGUGGUUGUAUGUCAAAGUACACACUGGCAUGGCGACAAUAUACAUGGAAGCUGCUAGAGGAAAUCGAGCAGACUGUGCAGACGCAAGCCGGUUACCACUGUAGAUAUGACGAGAAUGAAUAUCGUAGAACAGAAGCAUCAUUCCGGACUUGAGUGGUCCAGGUCAUGACAGUUCAUUUAGCUGUCGC